GUAAAUUCUUGAAUUCAACAGCAGCUACAGUUUAUACACAUCGCACAACGUUAUCAGCAAGUGUAUAAUAUUAUUUUCGCGGUUGCAGUGUAUAAUUUGGUUUAUCGUUAUCAGUCGUCAUACUGAGAGUAAUUACGAUUAGCAAUUAGCACAAAACUUAUCAAUGGCCGGUGAGGAAGACGAUAGUACUUGGCUAAUUGAAUUGGAGUCUGCCCUCCUUGAUGGGUGUUCAGCUCAAAAAAUUAACUCGCUGACAAAAGGCAAGAAGAUUCCAGAAACCCUGAGACCUGAUGUUUGGUUACUUUGUAUGAGCUGUCAAGAUGAUGGUAAUCAGCUGCUUUUAUUUGAUGAAAUAUUUGAUUUAACCAAUCAAAAUGAAUUACGAGAUGAUGUGAAAAAGUUUGUCAAAAGACUAGGGAAUGAUGAUGAUGACAAAUUAGCCGUGGUUUCAGACAUUGAGUCUAUCAUCACAUUCUAUUGCAAAUCUAAGUCAGUCAAUUAUUCAUCCAACAAUGGUUGGAUUGAAAUUUUACUGCCCUUACUCAGUCUGAAGUUGCCUAGAGCAGAUACAUACAAUUUAUUUGAGAAAAUCAUUAAACUGUACAUUCCAAAAGGGUGCACAAAGAAUGGUAUACCAUUCCACAUACUGAGGCUUAUUCUUCAAUACCAUGACCCUGAAUUAUGUUCAUUCUUGGACACAAAGAGGAUAACUCCUGAACAGUAUAGCUUGCCUUGGCUCAGAUCUUUAUUUGCUGGUACUUGCACUUUAGAAGUAGUUCUCUUUAUGUGGGAUUUGUACUUCCAGAGGUCUGAUCCGUUUUUCAUAUUCUUCCUUUGUCUUAUAAUGGUAAUUAAUGCCAGAGAACAGUUACUACAAAUGAAGAGUGAAGAUAAAGCUAACAUUGUAGAAACACUUCGCAAUAUGCCAGCUGAUCUCGAGGCCAAUGAUGUUUCAGAUUUCUGCUCACUAGCACAUUACUAUUCAUUGAAAACCCCAGUUUCCUUUAGAGAAGAUGUGCUUGAAGUAUUAUUUUCAGAGAGCGGGUUAGAAAUUAAUUCUAAGGUAUAUUCUCAAGCAUUGUGUCUUCCUGUAGCAGUGCAUGAGUUAAUUGAGAGUGCCACUAUAGAUGCUGGAGAUGCAGACAGUGUAAAAUUCUUCCUUGUCGACUGUCGACCUGCUGAGCAGUACAAUGCAGGACAUUUGUCAACUGCCUUCCACUUGGACUGUAAUUUAAUGUUGCAAGAGCCUGCUGCUUUUAACACUGCAGUCCAAGGGCUCCUCAAUGCACAACGUCAAGCAUUAGCUGCGGGAUCUUUGGCUGCGGGAGAACACUUGUGUUUUGUUGGUUCUGGUAGAACUGAGGAGGAUAGCUAUGCACAUAUGGUAGUUGCCUCUUUUUUGAAAAGAAAUACGAAACAUGUUUCAAUGUUAGAUGGUGGUUUUGUAGCAAUACAUGACUAUUUUGGACCCCAUAUGACUGAUUGUCUUGAAGAGCAUAACCCCUCCACAUGUCUUGUAUGUGCACCAAAUAACAACAAUGACGGAUCUACACAUCAGGCUAAAGUAAGACAAAAUGUGCCAGCUAUACAACUGUUCAGUAAAUUGUCUUCGGCAAUGAAAGCUAAGAGUCAGGAAGUAACAGGUAAAUUAAUAGAUUACAUUGUGAAUCCGAAUUCAACAGUCCAUAAUGGCGAGUGGCAUGUGUCCGCGACUGAUAGAAAAGAGCAGAGGUAUCGAAAUGUACCUCCAGUAUUUAGCAUUAAUGACGAAGAUGACGAUUCACGCUCCGAUAGCCGACGCGAUGGUGCAGAUUCAGAUUUAUUGGAUGAAAUAGUAGAUAUAAAUUCAUUCCUCAAAGGGCAGAAUGUUAUUGACAGUUUUCAAUGCCAAGAGGUAUUACUAAAUGGCUACAUGCAUGAUUCUCACUUGAUAGUGACUGAGACGCAUUUGAUUGUACUUCGAGAUAUACCAAAUAAACGAGGCGCAGCCAAAGUGAUGUCACGGAGACCUCUAUCUACUAUUGUUAAAAUAACCGCGAAAAAGAGGCACCCAGAACUAAUAACUUUUAAAUAUGGGAUCCCAGACGGCGAUAAUUUAUUAAUUAAGGAUAUGGACCGAUUUCUCAUUCCAAAUGCUUCAGUUGCUACGAAAGUUGUGUCCAAUCAAAUAGUUCAACAGUUAGAUAAUAAAGGGCAAUAAACUAACAGCCAUUUUUUGUUCAAUUCUUUGUAAACUAUUAAGCUUUUCUUGUUUGUACCUAGUCUUGAAAGCUGACGUGAAUUGAUUUCGAAUUAGUAUUGUGGAAAUGUAUUUAAAUUUCGACUAAUAAUUUAAUAGCACUGCUUCAUUGCGUAAUUUAAGACACACAAAACCAUAACUACAUAAUAUUGUUAAAUAUUAAUAAUUGUGUCCAAAAAAGCAAUGGGCCAUUUCAAUCACUUCCACUUCUUGCAAAUAUAUAAAUUUCGCUUAAUAUAAAUUUAUUUUGCCGCAAUUUACUGAAUAUGAAAAGUCAUCAAAAUAAAAAAGCAUUUUAGAUUAGAAAUAUAAUACGAGAAAUGAAAAAUGUUGUAAGUAU